UAUGUACGUUUUUAUUUAUUUAUUCAAUUUUUUUAAAACAAUGCACUUACCCAUCUGCUGUAGUGUGUUUCUGGUAUUUAUGGAUUUUUUUAAUGGUACCACUAUUUGUAUAGUCUUACUUUAAUUGGUUCCACUUGUAUUGCCAUUUGCAAGUCGCUUUCAUAAAAGCAUCUGAUAAAUGAAUGAAUGUAAACUUAGAAUAUUCAUAAUAUUUGACAACUAUAGCACUAGCAUGCCUGAAAACAGUUCAGUCUUUGAGUUACCUUCAUUGUACAGAUGGAGGACAGAAUUUAUGCAAAUGUUGGCCUAUAUUGUAUAUUUUGAAAAACAAAAUCACUGCUUUGCAUUUUAAUUAGUCGUUUGACUGAAAACUUCAACGUUACUGACAAAUAACCCUUGUGACAACUAACCUCGGUCUUACAAAUAUAGUGGUCAAGGGGGAAAACUUUUUUAAGUGAAGCUUCAUUAUCACGGAAAUAGAUAGGCUACUAUAACUUCACCACUAGGUGGCUAUAAACUUGCAGAUCCUGUUUUACCUGUAUUUCCAGACAAAGUAUGUACAAUACAAUUAUACAAUACAAUAAGUAUAUAAGCAUGUACUAUAUCUAUUGAAAUACAAUAAUUACGCUAUUGUUAAAAACAAAACUAUAAACUGUGUAUAUAAAAAACGAAACAAAUAUAAAACAUAAAAAUCGCAGGUGCAGACAAAUCCUCCUCAGCUGCCCCGAGGUCGUCUCCAUGGGAACCAAUAUGAAAAACAAACUCAAACACAAAGGAAGAUUUAUUGCGGAGCCGAUUUGUAAUUGGAAAACUGUUGAAACGGCUUGUGGUCAGCAAGGAAAAUAAAAGUUCUUGUUUGAAUUUAAGCACAUUUUGAAGGCUGAAACAGCUGCGAGUACAUUUAUCUGGGAUGUCGGCCACAAUUAACCCGCUAGCAAAUCCUAAAGGAGUAAAGAAGCUGUGCGAACUUUGCCAGGAACCUGCAAAACUUCAGUGCACAAAAUGCCUGGUCACAUUUUACUGUAACUCUGACCACCAGCAAACUGACUGGACCAGUAUUCAUGGGAAAGUCUGUCCGUUGCUGGUAUCUAUCCACACACCUGCACCAUUCAGCGCACUGCAGUCUGACCGAGAGCACCACCACAAAGAAACACUGAAGAAACAGAAACAUCUAGCAGAGAUUGCUCAUUUGGAGUCGCAGAGGUGGGUGUCCAAGAAAAGGUUCCAGGAUGUGUUACCGGCCGCUCUCCUAUUCUUGCGCUGGGCCAUGCGGGUGUACGGAUCCUGUGCUGUUGAACUGGUACCAGCUUAUCUACUGCUCGCACAGGCUAAUAUAGGUUUAGGUUCUCUCUCCCAGGCACAUGAGUAUCUGUCUAAGGCUGAGUGGACAGUAAUGAAAACACCAGGCUGCAGUCACACUGUCCUUCAUCAGCUACACAGAACCCUGGGUCGCCUGCACGCUGCCAUGGAAAAAUACACAUCUGCUCUCACUCACUUUGCCAAUGACGUGUAUUAUGCCAGUGAAAUGUUUGGUUUGGGCAGUACUGUGACAUCUGGAGGAUAUUUUCUUAUGGCUGAUGUGUUUCUGAAGCAAAACAAGCCUGACAUUGCCCAUUCGCUCUACACAGAGGUGGCAAAUUCAUGGCACACUCACCUGUGUAAGCUGAUGGAUGGUAUCGGGCAGAGCGGCACUCAACCAGAGAAGUGUUUUGAUGAGGCCCAGUGUGUGGAGGCUGAUCAGAUGUUGAGCUGUAUCUUGGAGUUUGAGGAACAGUGUGUGAAGCCUCGCCCUGACCAGUCAGCCAUGUUGGCACAUUCUCUGGCUAUGCUGUGGUUACUAUGCAACAACUACACCAAGGCAUUGGAGUAUGGGAAGAAGGCUGAGGUGUUGAUCCAGGGGUUAAGUGAGCAAAACAGACUGAGAGAGUCUAUCCAUAAUCUACUACAACAUGCUGAAAAACAGUUGGAAUGAGACUGGCCACUAAACUACACACCGCAAACAAAUCAAAAUGGACCACAAUAUACAGCACAACAACAGUCAAACUGUCUUUACACUGUACAGUGUUCAUAUUCAUUCAUUAAAUCCAUCGAUAUUGGGAGAUAUUGAUGUAUAAUUAAGGUGCAGUCACAUUAGCGAAAUUUCGUGGGCAAAAAAGGUUAAUUGUCUAGUUCGGUAGUAAUGUAUGAAGCACGGCUCGCACUCUUUUUUUUUUUUGUUUACUUUUAAACCAAACAGCUUUCUGUUGGUUAACGCAGUGAAUUUGUGAACUCGAACCUGUCGCGAAAUCUGUGUGAGGAAAUAUUUCACCCUCAUGUAAAAUUCCCAACCGCAUGGAUUCCUAUUGAAAUUACUGGAUUUUACCCAUGAAAAUUCGCUAAACAACAGUAUAUGUGACCACACCUUUAGUGAGGCAGGCUACAGCAAAAAUCUUGCAAAAGAUCAGUGGAAAAGGCCUGUCAACUGUGAUGUGAGAUAAAUAGACAAGCUGACACGGUUUCAUAUUCUGGACAUUUUUAAAAUGUCUUUAUUGGUAUUAUUGGUAUUAUUACGUAAUGACACAUAACAUCAAUGUUGUCGUUCGAUCAUUAGUAAUUUCUUGUUUUAAAUUAUACAACAUUGCUUGGUUUUUGGCAUUUAGGUUCCCACUAAAAAAAAAAAAAAAAAAAAAAAGCAAUGAAAUGAACACAUGGAGUCUCAAAACAUUUCCCUUUUCCAUACCAGAGAGCUAAGUGUUCAUUAGCAGCAACUGUUGCUUUUCAUUUUUAGUUAUGUGAUGCUAAGUUAAUUGCCAACUCACAAGUCAGAAGGGUAUAGCGGUACCUUAUCAAUCAGAUUGAGCACUACUUCAUAUAGACCGUGUUUUCCACUGUAAGAUCUGAUGAUGCUAUUUUAGCUCUCAGUUCAGAUGCAUGUUUUUGAACUGCUGUCAUGGAAGUUUGGCCCCUCCAUUCUGAAUUUGCAUUUUAUUAAGUUUUGGAGUCACAGAGGUUUGAUACUUAACAUAAGGGCAGAAGAAACUUCCUGUUGUAUCCUAUGAAGUGGAGGCAGAGCUUGCAAGUUCGACAACCAUAUAGUGCGUUAUCGCAAAAACACAGAAAAGUGUCAGAGUUUACAGGGACACUUGUUCUUGCGUGGGAAGAGGUGGAAGGUGCAAGUCUCUGGUUGCAUGGAAUGAUGGAACACAUCACACACACAAGACGGCAAAUCACAACGCUUGAGAGGGGGUGGUGAGAAGAGUGUGGUCAACGGCUGUUCAGUCAAACUCACACUAAAACCCUUCGUCACUCCAAGCAAGAUUAUCGCAUAUAAACCAGUUUUUCCUUUUUCUCAAAAAAAAAAGAAAAAAAAAAAAGAAAAAUUAUAAAUUAGGAAAACAAAA